AUGUUAGCAUUAGUACGCAUUUCAACCCUGCUUCUGCUUGCCUUAACCGCAUCUGCGUCUCUGAUACCUUUUCAGGGUAAAUUGACAUUCCCCGGUCAAGACCUCAAGCCAGUCCCAGGUGACUCCCCCAUCGCCAACUGUGACGUCUCCCAGAAACAACUUUUAACCCUGAAAGAGGUAGACUUGUCUCCAAAUCCUCCUCAAAGGGGUGUUAAUCUGACCAUCACCGCCAUAGGAGAUUUGGAUGUUGCCGUCACCGAAGGCGCCUACGUUGAAAUCGAUGUUACUUAUGGCUACAUUAAAUUAAUUCAUCAGACAUUCGACAUCUGCAGCGAGAUCCAGAAUGUCGACUUGGAAUGCCCUCUAGACAAAGGCCAUUACGAGCUAACGAAAGAAGUGGAGAUCCCUCAGCAGGUCCCUCCAGGCAAGUACACAGUCUUUGCUCGUGCCUUCACGGCAGAUGACAAGUUUAUCACCUGUCUUACCGGCUCGGUUGAGUUUGGCCCUGAAAACUUUAGUUUCUUCUGA